UGAUUUUCCAGUCGUCUCUAAUGUGUAAAUUAAGCAAAAAGCAGUCAAUCAUAUGUGAAACGCUUAAACCAACGGCAACCAUGUGAUCAUCUGUGUCAGACAUAAUGCACAUAAUGCAUUCUCACAUUGCUCAAUGAAGCUGAAGAGAGUAUAAAAUGCUUUGUGGAUGAACAGUUGGUCUUAUCAUCAACAUCAAGAGAGUUCGAAAAGUAACUAAAGAAGAAGCAUCAUUUUAUCUAUCGUCAGAGACACACAAAACAGUAAGUAUUUCUGUUUGGACUCACAAAACAAAUGAUAGUAUUUUAAUAAGAAUUGAUAUUAUAUUAUAUAUAUUUUUUUAUAAAUAUCUCAAAUGUCUCAUGCACUUGAUUUUACAAAUCAAUAUCAUAGUUAUACUAGUUACCAUUGCAUUAUUUUAUAUCUACUUUUAACUUAUUCUCUGUUUGUUCUAUUUCACUUCGUUAAUGUGUUUCUUAUACUAUACUAUAAAAAAAAGUAAUCUGCAAAUAUAUUGAAUUUAUUUGGGUUGUACUGUUUUGUGGUUAUAACUUACCACUGGUUUAAUAACAUCUCACUAUUACAGAAACAUUUAGCCCAUUAUGCAUUUAAAGAUCACAGAAAAAAUUAUUCAUACCAAGUUUUCUUUCAUUCUCAAUAAUUGCGGACUAAUCAACUUCCCUGAAUUAAAAAAGAAAAAAUUUAAAUAUGAUUUGAUCACACUAUUCAACUGUAAUGUUUACAAUUUAAAUGCAUGAAACAUUUAGGAAUUAUUCUGCUCAAUUUCUAUCAUCCAAAUAUUUAAAUAUUGCACCCAACUCGUUUUGCAAGUCUUUUUUUGCACUAUAAUAUGUAUUGCAAUAAUACAUACUAAAAUCACUGCUUGAUGUUGCAAAGAUAAUUGUUGUGGAAUGACAAAUUAACCAUUGCAAAAAAAACAUCAUUUUUGAGAAAAAGUACAGAACACAGAAGGCACUAGGCUCUAUUCAUUUGACAAGUAGUUGUGUUGAUUUGAUAAAUAAGUAGACCAAAGAAGCAAAGCUGAACAUUUUUUUAACUUAGAUUAACUCGAGAAUGUUCAUUUAGAAUAAAAUUCAGUUCCCAUGGCACUAACUUUGCUUUCUGAGUAAACCUAUUGGGAUAUUGUCAUAGAAUAAAAGUUAAGGAGAAAACAUGGUCAUCAGUAACUAAGAUGCAAUGUUAAAAAAGUAGCUUUUUUAAAUAUUGAAUGUACUUUAUUAUUCACUGUAUGUAAGAGAAGAUUGGCUAGGCUUAGUAAAUAGAAGAGGCAAACCGGAUUAGUCACUUACAAUAAACUGUGCUAAAUGAAAAUAUCAUUUCUACUCAUGUGGUAAUCAGAUAAUAAAAACAGAAGUGUAAUAAAAUGUUACAAUCGGAUCAAAUAAAAGAACAAGGCAGAAAACAUUAAAAGUAAAACUGACAGUGGUAUAUCAAACAUUAAAAUGAAAAUCACUAAGAAAAGAGCCCAUUAUAUGCUGUUAAAAAGGUCCAUCUUAGUAGAUUCACUUGAAAAAUGUUGUGUAAUAAGAGUCCCAGCAGAUCAUCUGCACCGUCCAAUUUAGAAUACCUUGCCACUGCAAUAGUUGCAAGGCACAUUAAAAUGUUUGCCCUCUGAGUUGCAGCCUGGCCCUAAAAACCUUAAAUUUGCCUCUAAACCAGCACAAAAACAAGGCUUCUCCAUGAUUGUGGUUUAAGGUUUAGUCACUUAGCCAGGAAUUGUUAGAUGGGAAAAUGUUGAAAUAACUGCAAUUUAGAACGUAUCCAUUUUUAGUCUGCUUUGGCUUAGAAGAACUUGAUUAUUAAUUUUAUUUUUGACUUUAAAUUGCAGUACCUCAGUUGACUCGAGAAUAUUCCCAGUUUAGUGAAAAACCCAAAUAGAAAUAGGUCUAUUGUAGGGUGGACGAGUGUUUCCACCCUCCCCCCCAUCCCAGUUGGAACCGGACAACCAUUUUACUUUCCUCUUAUAAAGUCCACUCUCUCUGCAACAAUAACUAAACAAACCUUAUAUAAAGUAUGACGUUCUAGUAAAAAAAAUAUACCCCUUGUAAUUGACUGACCCAUUUUCCCCAAAACAUUGGCAGUUUGGCUCCACCACUGGAAGGAUAUCCAGUGUAUCAAUUCACCAACUCUAUUUUCCAGAAGAGCAAGUUAUUCUUGUGCUACAUGGUGGAGUAUUACACACAUCAUCACCUGUUCCUGUGUUGUAGAUUUGUUGUAUUCAGUUUGCACAGUUAUAGGGGGAUUCUAGAUCCAGUGGGAUAACUGAACCCUUGUUUAUGUUUAUCACUGAUGAUUACAUUGUUGACAUCACACACAACGUAUGUCAUCUACAUGUAAGAAAAAUAAACAUAUGUCUCAUAACAGAUGGAAAUAAUACAAUAACCAUUUUAAUGAAGCAUCUGCCUCUUAAAAUAACAUAAAAAGUGUUUAUUUCUCUUAUCACAGAUUCAUCAUGCGGAGCAUUUAUUAUAUAGUUGGACUGUUUUUUAUGUUGCUUCGAGGAAGCUGGCAAAUCCCCAUCCAAGAAACAGAAGACAAAUCAAGGUACGUUUAGAAAAACCUAGAAGGUUUUUCUGGAUAUAAGAUGUAAAAAUAAUAUUUUUAAUUAAAAAAAUCAUUCCAGUAAGUAUUGCGUUAAAUGUGAAAUGUGAUUAAGCAGUAAACAUAUUGGUAAGCGUUUCAUAAUAACUCAAAGCAUGUUAACAAGUUUAGAUUUAGCAAAGUGAUGUUUCCAACAUUCCACAGAAUUAUUCAAUAAUUACACUGUAUGUAUUUGUCGUACAUGCAGAAUUCAUGUACCAUUAAAAAAAAAAAAAAAAUAAUAGUAUUACUGAAAACAUAUUUCAGUAUAUGAUGAUAUUAACUGAUUUAAUUUCCAGACCUCUUUUGUCAGAAAGCUUCAAAGUAUUAUUUUUAUUAACAAAUCCAAUGUUUUUACAAAGGUUUUAUCAACUUACCUUUUUAUGGAACAAUUAAGGGAUGAAAGCAUUAAAAAGCAAGGUAUCUGCUUGUGAAUUCUCUCAACGAGAAUGUAUACUAUCCUAUUUAUGACAAACACCAUAUUGCCAUAACAGAAAAUAUGAAGCUUAGAAAAAGAUGUGUUGAUAGCUGAUUAGAGAAAUUUAAAUCAACACCGGAUUUGCUAAAUAUUUUAAUUCUGCAUAAUUUUACAAAUAUUUCUAGUGCCAUUUAAACAUUUUAAACUGUUUAAAAAAAAAUAAUAAAUCUUUUAUUGUAGCAAACCAUUACUAUAGCAAUAAAACAUUUGUCAAUUAUACUUAUUAAAACUAAAAACGAAGAUUUCUGAAAACAUUAACAUUUUAACAACGUAUUUCUUGUAUUUUUCUGUAAUCGUUUUGUGUGGAAGAAAUUGAACUUCUAUUUUUUCUCCCCCAAAGCAUGUUGUUGAAAAACAGCAGGAUUUUUUAGGAAUUGGGUUUCUCUUAAAAGGUUAGAGGAAUAUAUCCUGAUCUACAAAGUAAUCAUAAUAGUUACUUAAAUUCCAAAUUAAAAAUUGUAUACGCAGAUCAGUGAAAGCUGCAAGGAAUGAAGCCCUAGAUGAUUCAGAACAGCUCAAUGAAGUUAAACGUCAUUCACAAGGCACAUUUACUAGUGAUUACAGCAAGUACCUAGAUUCCAGGCGGGCUCAAGACUUUGUCCAGUGGUUAAUGAACUCAAAAAGAAAUGGGUAAGAAUUCUAGAGUCAACUGUUGAGUUUACCUUUGUUUCAAAUAAUGAAACCUUGGUCCCUUCCAUUGAAUUCACCUUGUCCCCGAUUCAGAUGUCUCUCUUUGUUUGUUCGUUUCAGUCCAUGUUCUUUCAGAAUGGAUACAAAUGAGUACAAAUCUGUGUUAUGUUACCAAUAACAAGAACCAAGAUUGGUGGUAUACUUUCAUUUGCAGAAGGAAAUAUAAAAAAAAAAAAUAAUAGUUAAGAGAUAACUAGUUUUGAUGUCAUCUGUGUGGCAAAUGAAAGUUGGAAAAUGCACAAAUUGUGAAUCUUAAAAAUUUGACGAAGGCAGUAUUUCUCUAUUUUCUGCUUCAUGGGGGCUGAAUUAUGAACUAUUAGAUACAAUUUUCAUUGCUUUGUGUUGUGAAAGUUAAAUUACAAACAAAAUUCAUGUUUUUCAAGACAAUAGAAGAACUUAAAUUAAUCACAUCAGGGAUAGACAAUUAACCUCAUUCGAUAUUCUAAGUAAAUUUACCAAUACCACAGGUAUUCCUGGGACAUUUUCUGUUACUUUAUGAAGUAGAAUACUAAAUACAAAAAAAAAAAAACAAUCUUUUAACUUGUAUCAUUGGGUUGAUACGUGAAUUUCUCUAGGUGAGUCGGGCAAUAAAAUGGAAUGUGCUCUACGGAGGAUAAAGGAUAUUAAAUUUAGUCCACAGGCAGAUUAUUGUCUCAUAAUCAUUCGAGUGGUAUAUAUUGAUCUGUACCACUUUUAGCUUUUGCGGGGGGCUAGGAGAAGAAUUUGCCUAUAUGGUUCCUUUUCUGUAAAAGAGCAAAUAUAUCACUUUCUAAUGAAACAAUAAUCUUCCUUGGCUGCUUCUGGUUUCCUACCUUUCUCCUGAGAGGUGUGCAUCAAGAAAACACAGAGCAGCAGGAGGUAUGUGCAGUUCACAGAUCGCACCACACAUUUGUCUACACUAUCUAGAGAUGUUUUGCCACCUAGUACACACUGAUAUCAGACAAAAUGAGGAGGUGAGUUCUGUCCACUUGCUGUACACACUGGAUGGUAAGAGAGCAGAGAGAGAUGUAUAGAUGGUGGUACAUAAGCAAAAGCACAAAAAUUCUACUGCUCCAAAUUGUUUAGUGACCGGACAUCACUGCAGGGGAACAGGUAGGCAGUAGGAUGAUUAUUAAAAAAGCUUAACUGCAGGCCCUAAGAAGCAGUAAAGGUCAUGGGGUACAGGGCAAACUUGCCCUUCCUAAUGGUGGACCUGUUUUGGGAAAGAUAAUUUUGGAUUUUCUGAUGGAGGCAUACUACAUGAAUACUUGUUUUGUUUUAUUUCCACCCGUACCCAUUAGUUAUUAGAAUGACAUACUCUUCUUAUUGAAAGUGUCAUGUAUCUGUUAUUUAGUGUGGUGAGUCCACUUUAUACAGUAUGAAUGAAUUAUCCUGGUAUUCAGGAUAAUUCAUUGUCUAGGUCAGGCAUAGGCAACGUUCGCCACUCCAGAUGUUUUGGACUACACAUCCCAUGAUGCUUUGCCGGCAUUAUGGGUGUAAGAGCAUUAUGGGGGAUGCAGUCCACAACAUCUGGAGUGCCGAAGUUUGCCUAUCCCUGGUCUAGGUUAUAUACUCAGAAUACUUAAUUACCAUUCAUUUAAAAUAGGAAAUUCAGGGAAGUUCAAAUAUACAUGGAAUCUAAAUCUAUGCAUGGAAUCUGUCUAAGAAAUGUUUUUUUUCUUAUAGUGUUUAUGUUUAUUUCUUAUACUUUUCUAAUUAAAUAACCAUGAUUUAAAUUCUGUAUUUUGAUUGGCUGAGAACACCAAACAGCCAAUCACAAUAGAGCUUUGAUUUUUAAUGGCAUUUAUGUUCUUUUUUUUGUUUUGUCCCUUCCUGCCCAUCUCAUUACUUGCUUUCUCCACGAUGCGGAGCUGCUUGCAAUACAAAACACAUAAUAAACAAAACUCCAAACUUUAACACACAUACAUGCUUUAAUCGUUGGUUUUGGAGUAUAUUAUUCUGAAACUGCCAUAGAUUUUAGAGGUUUGAACAUGAUUUCAGUUAUGAAAGCCAAGGAAAUCCUGGUGCGAGUUUAUUUCCUUAUAUACUCACAAAUGUAUCUGGCUUUCACAGCUAGCUAGGUCUCUUUGAUAUAUAAUUGAAUCCAGACAUGAGCAUGCGUUGCCUUGAAACAUGUGUCCAUCUGUUUUAAAAAUGUUUGUUGCUCACUUGGGCUAGUAUUAAAGCAUAUGAAUUGUUCAGAAUAGGAUUAUGCUCAAAGAGCCUCUUUAAGGGGGAACUAACCCCCUGUUCCUCUUACCUUCGUAACUAACAUUAUAAGUAACAAAGGAUUAUAAUGAAAAAUGUGCAGUUGUAUUUUGAAUGCUUUUCACCCGCUUGCAGUAAUUUGAUCAAACAUAUACACCAACAACUAUAAUUAAAUAUUAGAUAUCACUAGAUAAAUUGACAAAAUUUGUGAACAGUGGCAGGCUUAUGGUAUGUUUUAUAGUAUUUUGUAACAAACCGAUUUUAUAAACUAUAUUGGCUUUAAGGCUUGCUUCAUUUUAUUUAGUUAGUAUGCAAAUGUAUAAAUUAUAGAAAACAAUUUAGAAGAACAAGGAAUCUAAAAUGCUAAAUUAAAACAGAUUUUUUUAUAGGCAUUUUCAACCCGAAUUCAAGGUUAUUCUCUAUCCUGGGAUUUACAAACAAUUCACAGUGGAACUGCAGUUUUUAGCCCAAGACAGUAAAAUGAACAUUUUCAAAUUUAGCUAUUUUUCCAGCUUGUUUUUCUGGCCUACAAUAUGCAGUUCUAUUUUCAAAUUUCUAGAAUUCCUAUUCUAGUGAACAGCCUUGGAUUAUUUCUACAAUAUGGCCUUGAAUGAACAUAUAAUAGAAAUGUGCCAGAUAUAUUCUCUUCUCAAGAGUAUACAAAUAUGUAGAAUCCUCACUGUAAACUCGAUUAGCAUGUUGCAUAGGUUUUGCUCUGUUUAUAUGGGCCAUAAAAUCCAUAACCACAUGGAACACAUACAAAUGGUAAUACUAGGAGUUAAAGCACAAAAUAACUUUAAAUUAAUGGAGCAAUUUUGCUGUAUAGAUCAAGCCCCUGCAGUCUCACUCAAUUAUCUGCCAUUAUCUGCCAUUUAGAUAAUUAAAUCACUUUGUUUAUAAAGCCCUAGCCACGCCUUUCAUGCCUGAGACUCACACAGCUUCCUUCCAAACAUCCUGUAAAUAGAGAUUUAAUUUUUAAACUUCAUGUAUGUUUCAUUUAGAAUUUCCAAUAGUGCCUUCAAUGGGGACAUGAGUGUCAGAACUGGACCAUAGUUCAAUAGAAGAAGGUUGCCUGGUCUAAUGAAUAAUGUUAUUCUCUGGACAAUGUUCUGCUGCGAAACUUUGGGUCUUGACAUUCCUGUGGAUGUUACUUUGACACCUACUGCCUUCCUAGAAAUUGUUGCAGACCAUGUACAUCCUUGUACCAAUGGUAUGCCCUGAUGGCAGUGGCCUCUUUCAAAAUGAUAAUGCACCCUGCUACACUACAAAAAAAAAGGUUUAGAAAUGGUUUGAGCGGCAUAACAAAAUAUUUUAAUAUGUUGCCUUGGCCUCCAAAUCCCCAGAUCUCAAUAUGAUUAAGCAAUUGUGGGAUGUGUUGGAACAGGGGUUCUCAACCCAGUCAACAGGUACCCCUUACCAGUCCAGGAUUUAGGGAUUAACCUGUUGUGUCUAAAUUGUUUAUUUUUCUUUCUAAAAACACCUUAGACACAACUGGGUAAUCCCUAAAUCCUGGAAUGUUAGGAGGUACUUGAGGACUGGGUUCGGAACCACUGUGCUAGAACAACAAAUCCUAUCCAUGCAGGACUUCCAGGAUCUGCUGCCAUGAUCUUUUUGCCAGAUACUACAGGACAUGUUCAAAGGUCUUGUGGAGUCCAUGGCUCUACGCAUCAGAGCUGUUUUGGCUACAUGAGGGGGAUUUACACAAUAUUAGGCCGGUGGUUUUAAUGAUGUGUUUGAUCAGUGUAGACUUGUAAUGAGAUUAAAAUGGUUGCAUUUAAAGUAACACUCCAAACAUCUAAUCCAUCUGAAAAGCUUAUACAAAAAUAUAUUAAAUCGAGGUCAAAAUUUCAUGUUUUCAUUGGAGGGGACUGUAAAACAAUCUAACUAUUAUUAUGGCACAUAAUCUCUUACCAUUAUGUUAAAAUAAUUGUGGUCAAAGUCUGUAAUGAUUGCGUAGAAGAUAUCAGAAUGACUUCCUUAGAAUAGAUAGCUUUCAUAGAGAGCAGUUCAAACUCCAGAGUCAAAUCGAUGCCAUGAUCUGGUUGUUUUACAAAAAAACAGGAAUAUGAAUGAACACUUUUUAUAAGAUUCCCACAGAGGUAUAGGAAUCUGUGUUUAGAACUCAGAGAGAUUUAUAGGCUUCUUCCUACUCAAACAGGAAUCUGAAGUUUGUUCCCAGAUGUCAGCUUUGAAAAAGUAUUGCAAGGUUUUUUCAUAACGAUUACAAAGUACUUUGCAAGCAAUGUUAUCACAUUUAUUUUCUACCACCAAUUUUAAUGUUAGAGCUUUAGGUUUCUCAACUGUCGCAUCCAAAAUAAAAAAAAGAGUUUAACCCCUUAAGGUCUAAAUGACAACAUGGGAUGUUUUAAUUGUUUAGCAUUUGCACAUUUAUACAGCCCAGCUGCUGUUAAAGGAGGGAAGGGUUCCAUUUUGAUAUAAUAUGUUUAAAAACUAGUCUGCUGUUUGUUAGUCCGUUGUUGGUCCUUAAGUGUUUAAAUAAAGCACUUUUCUACAAAUGUUGCCUGCUGAUUUUGUUCUAAUCCUUAUACAAAAGAAAGCUAUAACAUUUAGUCUAAGUUUUUGUAUAAUAUUUCUCUUGGAUCAUUUUCCCUUAACUUAGGUAAAGAUAGAAUGUUUAGACAAAUAAAAGCUAAAUUUGUGCUUGUUUGUAAAAUACGUGAUUAUUAUUAUCUGUGUGCGUGUAUUUAUGUUGUAUUAGUUUGUGUUUGUUCCCAGCCUUGAAUAAAAUCUUCACAUUUCUUCCUUUAAGCCCAUAAGAUGAACCUUUGUUUCUUGAAGACUCAAACAUUCAAUAACUGUAUUUACUUUAUAUUAUUUAACUUUUAUGUUUAUUUUUCUAGAGGUGUUGUACGACGCAAUGUUCAAUAUGAAAGGCACGCAGAAGGCACAUACACCAAUGACGUAACUCAAUAUCUGGAAGAAAAAGCAGCAAAAGAGUUCAUUGAAUGGUUGAUAAAAGGAAAGUCAAAGAAAAUGUAAGGAUAAAAAAUAUAAUACAUAUAGUGUUUUUCUUAACUUGUAACAUCAACAAUUAUAAUGGGGUGUUUAAGUUUUCUUUUGGGGUUAUGUUUGACAAACUUACCAAUUCAAAGGUUUUUCACAUUAUAUAUCCUAUAAUAUAUCCUAUCAAGUUAAAAUCCGGAAUAUUUUGUAAAACACAGCACUUUGCUUUGGUUAAAAGUUGUGAUCCUAUGGGCAUCAUUUCUGGAUCUAUUGUAAAUAGAAGGUACCACAAUUUUAAACAUAAGGAAAUAUAUUACACAGUCACAUAGAUGAUAAAUAAAAUAUAUAUUUUUUCUCUCGAUAAUAUUUCUUAAAAAUCUUUCCCAAAGAGGGGCGGAGCUUGGCCGCCAUACUGAGUGGUCGCAUGGUUGGUGAGCUUCUCUCUUAAACCUUAAUAAAACGAUGAGCUCACCGACGCCUAAUUGACAUUAAACAUGACCCACAAGUGCUGAAUGACUAACGGAUGGUUACCGGAGCGAUCGAGUGACCCGCAGGGACUGAAAUCUGACUCUAGAUAAUUGCUGCCUAGCGAGAACUGGGCAGGAGGGACGGCCAACCUCCUAGACGUGAAUAUAAAAGACCUUGCAACGGUUUGAGUCCCUCUGGACCAGCGGGGGUUAUCCCAGUCCACACCAGCUUGCAAUUCAUGCUGACGACAACCUUUACAGCUGCACCAGCUCAGUGCAAACCACUACCGCAAAACACAAGAUGGCGGCUAUUCUCCCGCAGAGUGAACCCGUGUCCUUGAUCAUCAGACCCUACACAUACUGGCCUUGUGCUUCCCAGCCUUGGGAGUGGGCUGACAGAUUACUCACCUGCCAGGGAAGACCCACUACUUACAAAUUGGGACUUAUUAUUAUUAUUAUGAUAUUUAUAUAGCGCCAUCAAAUUCUGCAGCGCUUUACAAUGGGUGGACGAACAGACAUGCAGUUGUAACCAGACAAGUUGGACACACAGGAACAGAGGGGUUGGGGUAAAAUGACACAAAAAGGUAAGGAUAGUAUUAGACUAGUGACAGUUGCAGAAGAGGAAUCAGUCAGGAGCUAUUAACAGUUUAAUUGAUUUGCUUUUAUGAAGAAGUGGGUUUUUAACGAUUUUUUUUGAAGGAGUGGAGACUGGGUGAGCAUCUAACAGAGGAGGGAAGCAAGUUCCACAGGAAUGAUGCAGCCCUCGAGAAAUCUUGAAGGCAAGCAUCAGAGGUGGGAGUACAGACAGAAGAUAGACGUAAGUCUUUAGCAGAUCGUAAUGGCCUAGACGGGACAUACUGUGUAAUAGGGGAGAUAGAUAGGUGGGAGCAGCAUUAUGUAGAGAUUUGAAAGCAAGAAGCAGAAUUUUAAAUUGAGCUCUAUAUUUUAUAGGAAGCCAGUGUAGGGACUGACAGAAGGGUGAAGCAUGGGAGGUGCGGGCGGACAGGAAGAUGAGCCUCGCUGCCGCAUUCAUUACAGAUCUAGUCAUUGUGCCUCAAGCUGCAAUCUUGAUCACUAUAAGCAGAGAGCUCCAUAUACCUGUUUGUUAUGCUUAAGUUAUUAGUUAAAUCAUUUUUCUUUUCGUGCAAAUAGCUAGACGCAGCCAUGCUGAAUAUGCCAGUGCUUUUCCACUCUAUAUUCUGAUCAACACACGUUUAGUUAAAUCUUUGUUUCCUAUGCUAUUAGUACAAAUGUGUAGAUACCCUAGGUAACCUUUAACCAUGUGUCUUAACCCCAUCUAAAGAUGCCAGCUUAUAUCUCGAAUGCUGUUAGGACACGGCGGACCUAAAUGCUUAUAUAUCUUUUACCUUAAAAAAUUGUGCCUAAAUAACAAUUGUUACAUACUGUACUGCAUGUUGAAUUCCUAUAUACCUUGCUACCGCUGUUAUGGCGUACUGAGGCUGUUUGUGAAAUAUGUGCACAACAAAAAUAAAGAAUUUUAAAAAAAGCCCCCCAAAAAUCUUACCCAAAGAUUUUAAAUUGCUCACAAACAGUUUAACCCCAAAUGCUGCUCGCCAGCCCCAGGUCUCCCUGUCCCCAGCGGGAUCUGUUUUAUCCAAUUCAGUUUGAGGACGCAUAGAUUGCUGCUGGGCAGGAGUGCUGCUGAUGGACUCUAAGCCAAUCAGUAGAUGCCCACUCAAAGAAUAGGUAUGUACCAUUUUUCAUGAAUUGUUUAACUUCUUUGGUUAAAAAAGCAUUAUGGACCUCCUGGCACCAUAACAACAUCAUUGCAGUUUUUAUGGUGCCCAGAGUAUUGCUUUAAACAGAAUGAGUACUUCCCUACUACAUUUAAGAAAAAGAAAGAAAGAAAAGAAAAAUAUGUAAAAGUACUGUAAAAGAAAUAUGUAAAAUGCGCUUUUGAAUUCACUUUGAAUUGUUCUGCAAAAAAUUCUGAUUUCAUUUGAAUUAUUCUGUUGAUUUUUUUAAAUAGGAGAUUCACAAGACACGCGGAAGGAACAUUCACAAAUGAUAUGACCAACUUUUUGGAAGAAAAAGCUGCCAAAGAAUUUGUUGAUUGGCUAAUUAAAGGACGGCCAAAAAGGAAGUAAGACAUAUAAUUAGCCUGUAUGAUUAAUAUUAGUUUUAGGUCAUUUUAAAGAACAUGUUUAAACUGUGUUACUGACAUGAUCAAUGUAUAAAUCUUAAAAGUAUAUGGUGUCACUAAUAUGAUGUCAUAAUGUUGCAUAUUAACACAUUUAUUAAAAAGUUACUCCAACCACCAUGACCACUUCAGUGUUUUAAAGUGGCCAUGGUGGUAGGAAUAUGUAUGUGCAGUGUCCCUGCUUAAAAAAUCUGCACAUUCAAGGUUAUUUCUGAUUGUGUGCUGGUGGCUAGUUGCACCCCCAGCAAAUGUCACCUAGUCUGCCCAGUACAUUAUAAGUAUAACAUUUGUAUAUUUAAUGUUUUCUACAGAUAUGUAAAUAUUAUUAUUAUUAUUUUAUUAUUUAUAUAGCGCCAUCAGAUUCCGUUGCGCUGUACAAUGUAGAUAUAUAUAUAUAAAAUAAUAUAUAUAUUUAUAAUAUAUAAAUGUUAGACUUAUGCAGUUCUAGGUCACGUGUGCUUGGAGUGCAAUGUAAGAUUAAAAAAUAUAAUACAUUAUAUAUUAUUUCUCUUAACUUCUGAUAUCAAACAUUGUAACGUGGUGUUUAAGUUUUCUUUUGGGUUUAACUUACUUGUGUUUGACAAACCUACCAAUUCAAAUGUUUUUCACAUUAUAUAUCGUAUCAUCUCAAACUCCUGAAUAUUUUGUAAAACACAGCACAUUGCACAUUAUAAGAAGAGUAAAUUCAUGGAAUGUGCUGUAAACAUCUUUUGAGCAAAUGGUCAUUGAUAGGAUACAUGCAAACACACAUCACAUUUAUUAGGGUGUGAUCCAAGUUUUGUUUUUUAUUUUCAAGAAAAGGCAAACAUUUAUUGAUUAAUCAAUCAACCUAACAUUUUACACAAUUUCACAGUGGCGAUGUUUUUCUUUACAUUUCUAAACAUUUCAACACAUAUAAAGUUUUUGCUAAAAUGCUUUUACUUAAAAGUUUCUCAGAAGUGAACAGCAUUGAGGAAAUGGACAGAAGACAUGCUGAUGGCACUUUUACAAACGAUGUCAACAAGGUGCUAGAUAUUAUUGCCGCACAGGAGUUCUUAGAUUGGUUAAUUAACACCAAGGUUACCGAGAGGUAAAGAUCAAAGCUUUUCAAGGCUUUUCUGAACAUUGUGUCGUAACUAAUAAUUCCCAAAUAAUUCAAAUUUGAUUUUAAACUAUUAAGAGUUAAACUCAACAAGGAAAUUGCAAGUAUGCCACAAUAUCCAACUUUGAAAUAUAGCUGAAUUGGAUAUUGUGUUCCAAUUUUUAAUUUCAGCCUACAAUUUUUAAUUCCCAUUUCCAUUACACAAACUCACAUUGGAUUAUUUACUAAACUGGGAAUUUUGUGAAAUUACAAAUAAUUGACCUGAAUAGCAAAACUGGAAAAUAUUCACCAAUUUACUUUGGUCCAAACUUUCUAAUUCACUUGUCAAUUCUCAACAAUUGGCAGGGAGUAAGCUAACAAACUCUUUAAAUCACAAGAAAUACUUUAAUGAUUUAUAUUUAUUGGUAAAUGUCAAACCCUUGCUCACAAAUAAGGUUUUACCUUUUUAUUUAUUUAUUUUUUAAUAAAAUGAAUGCUUACAAUAAUUAAUAAGACAAUAGUUUCAGCAAUAAAACUAAGAAUGCCUAAGCAUUUUAUAAUUUUUUUUAAUGAUUUUAAAAAUUGUAUAUUGGUUAAAUGUCAUUUUUACAUGACAAUUUGAUAAAAAUUAAAUAUAAUGGCAUCGAACAAAAAAAAGUGACUUUCGCUUUGUUUGUAAUAGACUGGUGAUUGGAGAUUUCUUUAUAAUACUUUAAUUAAAAUUGAGUUGUACGUUUAGGUCAAACGUAAAACUUGAGUUGUAUUUUAAAUAAUGUGUAUCACCAGAUUUUUGAAACAAGGAUGGACAUUUGCUUGUUUAUGAUUUUUGCUAUUUGCAGUGUGUAAUCAAUUUUUGUUAUUUGUGAUCCAAUGUAGUUUACGCUUAAUUGUGCAUCGUUAUGAUUAAUAAAAACACACAAAUCAAAUCAGUUUUAACAAAAAUGAUGAUUAGUGAGUUGUAGCAUUACUUUAACAGGUAUUCUUGUUUUGACUUUCAUAGAGACCUACUGGAGGAACAAUAAAAUCAAUAUCGACUUGCCUUCAACAAGGAAUUACCCAGCUGUCACAUGGAAAUGUUGAAUUUGUGUUCUGUAAAUUCAAGCAGGUGUUUCAUAAAGCCAUAAAGUAUAGCUUUGCAUGCAAAGUAAAUGACAUUUACAAUCGUGUUUUCUUGUUGGGGGAUUACACAAAGAACAGAUAAUUUUCAAAUGCACAUCUAAUGUGAUAGGUUUAACUCGUUUUGUAAUGGCCGGACUUGUUGAAUACUGCUUUGCGAGUCCUGCCGGAGCUACGAGGGCUUAAAUCCAGAAGUGCCAUUUUCUUGCCCUAAUAGUUGCAGUAAAAAAGUGACAAAAACCACAAAAAAAAAGGAAAGAAAAAUAAAACUUGUUUAAAAUUAAAAGAAUAUAACUUAUUUUUCUAUGAAGUUGAAUUGUACAUAGAAUUUACUCCAAUCAACUGUGUCAGUAAACAAUGAUGAAUGGGUUACCCUGUUUGAAAUGUUUAUUAUAAAAUGCUAAGCUUUCUGAAUAUUAACUAGUAGCCUUAAAUAAAGUUUUUCAAGCUUCA